AUGGUAGGACCCCUCAAGAAAGCGCCCGGGGGCUAUGACCACCUCUUGGUCGCAGCCCACAAGUUCACCAAAUGGAUAGAGGCUAGACCAAUAACAUCGCUCAAGUUGGAGCAAGCAAUUGAGUUCAUGCUGGACAUCAUCUACCGCUUCAAGGUUCCUAACUGCAUCAUCACUGACAACGGUAGGAACUUCAUGGGCAAAAAAUUCCUAGAACUCUGCGACAGCUAUGGCAUUCGAAUAGACUGGGUGUCCGUUGCUCACCCACGAACCAACAUCCAGGUCGAACGGUCCAACGGCAUGAUCCUACAAGGCCUUAAGCCUCGUAUCUAUGACAAACUCAAGAAGUUCAUCGGGCGAUGGGUGGCUGAACUCCCCUCCAUACUCUAG